CCGCGACCACUAUAAAGCUUCUAACCCGUCAUGCUGUUCUGGCUGUCCGUUCUUGCUCUGUUAGCAUUACUGGUAAUGCUAACGUUUCGGUACCGCGUAACCCUCAUCUCCCAUGUCCCUAACCCGGUGAAAGCCCUCUUCCCGAGGCUCGGCCAUUACGCCCCGCUCUCGACUUUUGAGGACCAAGCGAACGCUGGGGUGACUUCUGAGAGCUUCGAUAUCGAGGCCAACAUCCGGGACGGGGACACUAGGGUUGGUUUGGAUGAGCGCGGCACGCAGGAGGUGCUUGAGAUUAUGCGGCGGGAGAGGGUGAACUUUGACCAGGCGAGGGUGAUUCGUCAGAAUCAGAUCUUCGCUGCUAACGGCAUUAGCCCCUCUGGACUGCCUCUGGACUCCAAGGCUGUCACUCGCCUAUAAUCUCAACACUUCACUGUAUUUUAAGCUGUACGCUCCCUCGAGGGAUAUAUUGUUGUUACACUCGUUGUUUAUUUCUCUUCUGACCAUCUUAUAUUUAUUGGACCCUGGA